AUGUAUGAGGGAUUAAAAAGAAUUUCUUCAGACAUUGAUAAAAAGAAUGGUCAGAGUCUCCUUGAUACUAUUUUUUCAACUGGCUACCGUGCAUAUAUUGACGCUCCUAUAGCAUCACCAAUGAAGCAAAUUGAGUUGAUCAACAUUGAGGGCAAAUUGUCAUCUGGCACUUUUGACAUCAAGAAACCCACAAUUAUUUUAACUGCUCAUUACGAUGCUGGAGGAGCUAUUCCAUCUCUUGCUUAUGGUGCUAAUUCAAACGCUGCUGGUGUAGCUGUUUUGUUGGAAGUUGCUCGAAUGUUAUCUCAGCUAAUGAAUUCCAAAUCCCCUUCAAUAUACAAUGUCAUGUUUCUUUUGACUGGCGGUGGAAAGGUUAACUAUUUGGGCUCAAAACGUUGGUUAGAAAUGAUGUAUGAGGAUAUCAACGGCAUCGCGCUUUUCGAUACUGUGGAGCAGGUGAUUAACUUGGAGGGAUUAGGUGUUAACGAUGGAGAUCACUUGUUUUUCCACGUCUCCAGGCUUCCUAAGGAGGGUACAUUUAGUCAUCGUUUUCUUACUUCUCUUGAAUUGGCAAGUAAGCUUCACCCUCUGCAACAUUCUGAACCUCUUGUCGAGGUGGUACACAAGAAAAUUAAUCUCAACCAAUUCGAAUUGGCUUGGGAGCAUGAGAGGUUUGCUCUCUAUCGUCUUCCAACUGCGACAAUUUCCGCUUGGUCUAGUCCCACUAGUUACAGUCUUCGCAAUUCUGUUCUCGAUGGUGGACCUCUUUACAGUAGUAGAUCGCAAGAUGAACCGCAUGGUUUUUGGGGUCCAGUACAACCGGAAGUCGUUGCUAGGAAUGCCAAGGUUAUUACUGAAGCUUUAGCUCGUCUCAUCUUUAAUACCAGUACUGUUGAUCCAACUGCUCUAAAUUCUCCGUUCAUUGACCCAUCUUGGUCAACAGAUUCGUCUGCUGCAGCUCUGAUGGACCUCUUGACUCUUCAACCUCGAAGUAUUCAGUUACUUUCAGCGCCACCUAGCCGAUCGAGUUCCAAAACAUCUUUCAUCGGCAGUAACGGUCUUAUUAGCACGCUGGAACAGUAUAUGCGUUCUCUCCUUCCAGAUGUGCGACUUACAAAGCACCGGUUUGCAAAGAUGCUUUCUACGACCAAGCAAGAUCUCAAGUCUUCCCAACAACAGCAACAACAAGAAGCUGCUUCUGCAAAUUCAAUGCCUACCCUUUCAGCAGCUGGAAAAGACCCUGAGGUCGUCUUCUAUUCCGGUGUUACUCCCAGAAAGAUUACCGUCUAUCGUUUGAAAUCGUCCGUCUUUGAUCUAGUCAUGGCAUUCUUUGUUGGGUCAUAUCUCUACUGCCUUCACAUGACUUUUGAGAUUCGUAUUGAAUUGUAUAUUUUGGGUUUACUUUCAGAUUGUAGCAUGAGUGAAAUACCGAACCAUCUGAAGGGGCUUCUUCGUUUUUGUAUAGAAGCGGGUUCUAAUCCCUCGGGUGGAAUUGAACCAAUGGACCCGGAGUUCGAAACAAUCGAAUGUUUGGAAGACCUUAUUGAUUUUACAGAAGACAUUAAUCUAGCAGACAUUUUCCUAAAAAUAGACGGCUUAGAACUUCUCAAGGAGUUGCUGGGAAACCCCUCUGACGAUUACCUUUCUUAUGCUGGAAUGCUUCUUUCAAAUGUAAUGCAGAAUCACCCAGAAGCUCAAAGCGUCGCUAUUGAUGCGGGUUUAUUAGAUACAGCAUUGACCCUCCUCCGCAAACAGAGGAGUCCUGGAAAUUUGGGAGGCAUUUUAUCAGGAAUAUCUUCACUCGUUCGGGCAUCUAAUAAAGCCAGGGAGAAUUUUCUCGAGCUGCGAGGACUUCAAAUUAUCCUCGAAAUCAUGACAGAUUUUGUAAACGAUCCAGAUUAUUCCCGCUUCUUAGAAAAAGCUUCCUUCUUUCUUUACUGCAUUUCACAAGAACUUUCUGCUGAUCAACGUGCUGUUGUACGGGAUUUGGAUAUUGCCACUCAAAUAGCUGAUCUUAUUUUGAAAAUCCACGUACCUCGAGAAUUCCUCGUUAGGGCUUUAACAUUCUUACUCGUUGGACACAUUUCCAUUCUUGAUGACCCACUUGAAGACAAAAAUCCUCCUACUCCAGUUACCAUAACCUUGGAUCCAUCGUUGACAUCAAAGCUUAGAAAGUGGGCAAGAGAAGAGCCCGUUAAGGAACAACUCGACCCAUAUGCUCUAUUUGAUCUUUUAAGAGCUCUGGAGGGGCAGAAGUGA